GGUGGGGGGCAUUGAGCUUGACUAGGCAGGUCUGGAAAUGAGCCAGGGCCUUGCUUCUCUGCUGCAGGUGCAGUGGCCUGCAGGCCCCGGGAGCUAGGCAUGGGCGAUACCCAUCGGGCCCCCCAUGCCCGAGGGGAACGUCGGAGGCACACCAUCACCAACGGUGUGGACUGUGACCUGCUGAAGCAGAUGCAGGAGCUGGAGCAGGAAAAGGAGGUGCUGCUACAGGGUCUGGAGAUGAUGGCGCGGGGCCGGGACUGGUACCAGCAGCAGCUGCAGCGCGUGCAGGAGCGCCAGCGUCGCCUGAGCCAGAGCAGGGCCAGCGCUGACUUUGGCAGUGAGGGGAGCCCCCUCCCACUGGGCCGGCUGCUGCCCAAGGUCCAGGAGGUGGCCCGGUGCCUGGGGGAGCUGCUGGCUGCAGCCUGUGCCGGCAGGGCUCUGCCCUUGUUGUCCUCGGGGCCCCCGUGCCCGGCCCCGGCCCCCGCCUCACCCUCCGCCCCCAGCUGGCAGCAGCAAACCGUCCUCAUGCUGAAAGAGCAGAACCGGCUUCUUACCCAGGAGGUGACCAGCAAGAGUGAGCGUAUCACGCAGCUGGAGCAGGAGAAAUCUGCCCUCAUCAAGCAGCUGUUCGCGGCGCGCGCCCUCAGCCAGCAGGACACCGGGCCGCUGGACGCCACCUUCAUCUAGCUGCCCACGGGCACCGACAGCUCUCAGGGCCUGGCCUGGUGGUCAGCCCGCGUGGGCACCUCUUUGAGCCCUGCUUGGGCUGAAGACCACCUGACUGGCCUGGACACAGGUUUCUUCCUCUCUUGCAAUCUGGGCUUGCAGCCCCCCCAGCCCCCAGUGGAGCC